UCUCGUCUUUGUUUAGUCCAGUCCAGUCCUUGGCACCCCUCGCCCUCGGUAGUUGGCCAGAUCUUCUUCUUCCUCCUCGCGCGAGCUCUCGCGCCGCCACCCAUCCCGCUGCUGCGCGCCCUAGCUCGCCUUCCUCCUCGCGCGAGCGCCUCCACCGCAGCUUGAUCUCCCCUGCGCUCCCGACCGUUUCAACGGAGUCCGCUCCCCGUUCAAUAUUCUUCCCCAAUUCGUAACAGAGUCCGCUCCCAUCCCCAAUUCCCCAACGGGGUCCGCUCCGAGACAUGGGGAGUGCGCUAGCGCUCGCAUUGUGCUGCGUGGUCUUCUCCCUGCUGCUGCUACCGAGCUGGGUGGACGGGCUCGGCUCCAUGGGUUCCAUCUCGGUGUCCUACGGCGAGGACGGGCCGGUCUUCUGCGGCCUCAGCUCCGACGGCUCCCACCUCGUCGCCUGCUCCGGCGCCGACGCCACCGUCGUCUACGCCGCCCCGCCCAGGAUCCGCUUCCUCGGCCUCACCGCGGGGGAUGGCUUCGCCUGUGGGCUCCUGUACGACACCAGCCAGCCCUACUGCUGGGGGAGCAACGCCUAUGUCCAGAUCGGGGUGCCGCAGCCCAUGCUCGAGGGCGCCAGGUAUUCCGAGAUCAGCGCCGGGGACAACCACCUCUGCGCGCUGCGAGUGCCUGCCAAGGGGGCCGAUUCGUCCACCAUUGAUUGCUGGGGUUACAACAUGACUGCCACGCAUGAUGUAUCCGGAGCCGUGUCGACCAUCUCGGCGGGUUCGGUGUUCAAUUGCGGCUUGUUUGCGCGCAACAGGACCGUCUUCUGCUGGGGCGAUGAGACGGUGAGUGGCGUGGUUGAGCUGGCGCCGAGGAAUGUGCGUUUCCAGUCCAUUGGCGCGGGCGGUUACCAUGUUUGCGGGGUGCUGGAAAAUGCGCAGGUUUUCUGCUGGGGAAGGAGCUUGGAGAUGCAGCAGGUUUCAACGACCGGUGCUAUUGGCCAAGGUGACGUGAGCAUAGUGCCGAUGGAUGCGAUGGUCUCUGUCGUCGGUGGGCGAUUCCAUGCUUGUGGCAUCAAGAGCCUUGAUCACCAAGUAGCUUGCUGGGGUUUCACACUUCAGAACAGUACAGCGGCACCGAAAGGUCUCAGGGUGUAUGCAAUUGUGGCUGGAGACUACUUUACUUGUGGGGUGCCCGCUGAGACAUCGCAGAAGCCAAGGUGCUGGGGCCAUACUGGAUCAUCGUUACUACCCAUGGCGGUAUCCCCUGGGCUUUGUGUAUCUGUUGCAUGCAGCCCUGGGUACUACGAGUAUACGAGCAAUGGUGAGGUUGGUGGCACCAAGGCGUGUAAGCCUGCAAAUUCUAGACUCUGCUUGCCAUGCAGUGUUGGCUGCCCAGAUGGUUCGUAUGAGUCAUCAGCCUGCAAUGCCACAGCUGACCGCGUUUGUCAGUUUGAUUGCUCCAAGUGUGAUUCAGAUGAGUGUGUGUCAUUCUGCUUAUCCCAGAAGCAGACUAAGAACCAUAAGUUCAUUGCUUUUCAGAUGCGCAUUUUUGUGGCAGAGAUUGCAUUUGCUAUCAUCUUGAUUCUCACCGUGACAAUCAUUGCUUGCCUAUAUGUACGGCACAAGCUUCGACACUGCCGAUGUUCGAAGAGCAAGCUGAGGAUGGUCAAGAGUACAACAUACUCUUUUCGAAAGGAUAACAUGAAGAUCCAGCCUGAUGUGGAAGAUCUGAAGAUCAGGACAGCUCAGGAAUUCUCCUACGAAGAGCUAGAACAAGCAACCGGUGGCUUCUCGGAGGAUUCACAAGUCGGCAAGGGCAGCUUUUCUUGUGUAUUUAAGGGCAUACUGAGAGAUGAGACUGUCGUUGCUGUGAAGCGUGCAAUAAAAGUAUCAGAUGUGAAGAAAAGCUCAAAGGACUUCCAUACUGAACUGGACCUCCUCUCUAGGCUCAACCAUGCUCAUUUGCUCAACCUGCUUGGUUACUGUGAGGAUGGCAGUGAGAGACUCUUGGUUUAUGAGUUCAUGGCUCAUGGAUCCCUGUACCAGCAUCUGCAUGGCAAGGAUCCAAACUUGAAGAAACAACUGAAUUGGACCAGGCGGGUCACCAUUGCUGUGCAGGCUGCUCGGGGAAUUGAGUACUUACAUGGCUAUGCGUGCCCACCGGUAAUUCACCGAGACAUUAAGUCCUCAAACAUAUUGAUCGACGAGGAUCACAAUGCACGGGUUGCAGACUUUGGUCUAUCUAUAAUGGGUCCUGUAGAUAGUGGUACCCCACUGUCUGAGCUGCCAGCAGGGACACUUGGUUACCUUGAUCCCGAGUACUACCGUCUCCAUUACUUGACGACAAAGUCUGAUGUCUACAGCUUCGGAGUUGUUCUUCUGGAAAUGCUAAGUGGCAGGAAAGCCAUUGACAUGCAGUGUGAGGAAGGGAAUAUUGUUGAAUGGGCGGUCCCGUUGAUCAAAGCUGGCGACAUUUCUAGCAUCCUUGAUCCAGCCUUAUCUCCUCCAUCUGACCUGGAGGCUCUCAAGAAGAUUGCAGCUGUGGCAUGCAAGUGUGUCAGGAUGCGGGGCAAAGACCGGCCUUCCAUGGACAAGGUGACAACGUCUCUAGAGCGUGCGCUUGCGCUGCUGAUGGGCAGCCCAUGCAUGGAGCAGCCUAUUCUGCCAACUGAAGUUGUUCUUGGGAGUAAUCGUAUGCACAAGAAAGUAUCACAGAGGUCCUCUAACCAGUCAUGCUCAGAGAAUGAGCUCAUUGACGGGGACGACCAGCGGAUUGAGUACAGGGCACCAUCUUGGAUAACAUUUCCAAGUGUGACCUCAUCGCAGAGGAGGAAAUCAUCCGCAUCGGAAGCUGACUUGGAUGGCCGAACAACCACAGAUGGGAGAAACAUCGGGAGCAGCAUAGGGGAUGGACUGCGGUCACUGGAGGAAGAGAUCGGGCCGGCCUCGCCACAGGAGGACCUAUAUUUGCAGCACAACUUCUGAUGAAAUGCCAAGACCAGCUGAAAUCACGGAACCGUCUGCCGUUUUAAGUUCAGACUUUGUGACCUGUUGCUAUGUGGAAAAGCAUUGCAGUGUUGGUAGUUCCUAUUGCAGCAGGCCAUUCGGAAAAGAGAAGAGAACUAGUUAUAGUGUACUGGAAGGAUUUUUAGCAUCCGGAGGCAUUUCUUUGUAGAUUAAUCCCGUUCGUCUUAUUAUUGUCAGUUCUAUGAGUUUAACGGUGUUAAGGUGGAUGGUCGCGGUCGAUGAAUCCUCUUCUGUAGCUUGCAGAUCUGUGUAAGUGUUUAGUUCUCUUUCAUCGUGUUAAGCAUCUUUUCACAUUCCAGUGUUCGUCUAACUUGCCAACUGACCGUUGAACUCAUCAUGUUCAGUUCAAUCUGUAUGAAUCAUAUCUACUCCCUCUGAUCCUAAA